AUAGCCAGCGGGCAAUUCAACCUGGCAACUGCGACCUCCGUCACCCCACCCCGGCCGCCAUGUCGCCCGUGAGGAUCAUCGACGCGAGCUAUGUCGGCGUGCCGGAGACCGCCGCGACUCCGCGGGGGCCGAUCAGGUUCACCGCGAUGGAGGCGCUCUGGGUCGUCUUCCCGGUGCUGCAGCACGUCCUGCUCUACGAGGCCGACCACGACAUGCCGCCCUUCGACGCCAUUCUCGAGUCCCUCCGCUCCUCCCUCGCGGCCACUCUUGGCAGCUUCGCGCCGCUUGCCGGCAAGCUGGUCCACCUCGAGGAGACGGGGGACGUCGGCGUCAGCUGCUCUGCCUCCGACGGCGUCCGGUUCGUCGUCGCGGAGUGCGACGCAGACAUCGGACGCCUGGCUGGCGACGAGGAGCACGACCUGCGGGUGCUCGAGGGGCUCGUGCCGGAGGUGGACAUGAGCCAGUUGCCGGCCCCCGUGCUGGCCGUGCAGGCCACGCGCUUCCAGGGCGGCGUGGCGGUGGGCGUGACGGUGCACCACGGUGUCGCGGAUGGCCGGGCGCUGUGGACGUUCGUUGAGGCGUGGGCGGCGGUGUGUAGGGGAGAGACGCCGGCCACGACGCCGUGCUUCGACCGCUCGCUCGUCAAGCUGCCCGGCGGCGAAGAGCUGGCCAGGAGCGUCCUACGGAAGGUGGCCCCGAAUUUGCCUUCGGUGGCACCAGCGUCGUCCCUGGUUGAAGAACGAAAGCGGUUCACCCGUCGAACGUUCACCCUGGACGCGGGGGGCAUCCAACGCCUCAAGCAACGCAUCGUCCAUCUAGCAGAAUCCCACGGCGCGCCCCUGCCUCGCCCGCCGUCAACUUUCACGGCCGUCGUCGCGCUCGCCUGGACGUGCUUCGCCCGGUGCAAGCCAUUCUACCCAGAGGACGACGCGCAGCUCUUCUUCUUCGCCGACACCCGCGACCGCCUUGAUCCGCCCGUCGAUGCAGGGUACAUCGGUGCGUGCCUCACCGGGUCCCUAUCGAAGCUCCCCGUGCCGGAGCUUCGUGGUGACCACGCCUUGGCAGCCGCGGCGUCAGAGGUCCAGGACAAGAUCAACAAGGUGAAGGAGGCCCCUGUUGCUGGGUGGAACUUCUUCACGCUCAUCGCCGAUGCCUGCCUGGACCGUAUCAUGAACAUAUCGGGCUCGUCGGGAUUUAGAGCAUAUGAGGUCGCCGACUUCGGGUGGGGGAAGCCGAGGCGAACAGAGCCCAUUACGAUGAACCACGACGGUCAGGUGGCGCUGAUGCGUAGCAGGGACGGGCAGGGCGUCCAGGUGUCGGUGUCGCUGCUCCAACCGGCGCAUAUGGAUGCGUUCAAGUCUAGUUUCCUCGAGCUGCUCAAGUGACGAUUCUUUUUCAAAGAUACUAGUUUCGUUUCUUUUUAGUUUGCACAUAAAAUCUGUCUGAAGUUAAACUUUGCAAAGCUGGUUCAACUUUAUAGAAAAGUUUCAAGCAUUCA